GUGUUUUGUGUUGGGAUUUUCUGGGGCGCGCUUAAUAUCGUCUCUAGGGAGUUAGUCUCAGAUAAGAUGUGGCCCCUGUUCUAUGUUCGCAGGUUCAAAUCUAGAUGCCAGCACUGCUAUCGCCGCCGUUCGAGAAUCUUCAAGAUCACCACAGACCGUUACCGAAGAAGAAAAGGGCAAUUCACAAUUUCCAGGACUACAAAAUGUUGAACAAUUCGGGCCAAUUUUAGGAGAAGAAAUCGUUAGUAGUUGGAGACGUCAACAUGCACCUUCAUCGGCGGCAAGUGUCUUAGCCUCACCGAGUGAACGAGGUGGAUCUGAUAAAUCUCCAAGUGCUGCUUCAACCCCUGCUCCACCAGAACAAACGACCCCUACUCACAAUGGUCGUUCGACAAAAUCUCCAGAACACAACAAUAAUUCUUUGCGCCUGGACGGAGAUGUAGGACUGAUGAAUAAUUCCCUGAUCGGUGGUGGAUAUUACGGACGUACGGAACCUUUCACCGGUUCAUACCGAUUUGCUGAGGAUCCAGGAAAUUUACCACCAGGUGCUAUGGUCGGUCGCUUGGGAGAUAGCUUGAUACCCAAAGGUGAUCCUAUGGAAGCGCGAUUGCAAGAGAUGUUGAGGUACAACAUGGAUAAAUACGCAAACCAAAAUUUGGAUACCUUACACAUAUCGCGAAGAGUACGAGAGCUUCUAUCAGUGCACAACAUUGGUCAACGUUUAUUCGCCAAAUACGUACUUGGGUUAUCCCAAGGCACUGUGUCCGAACUUCUAUCCAAACCGAAACCUUGGGACAAGUUGACUGAGAAAGGCAGAGAUUCUUACAGGAAGAUGCAUGCAUGGGCUUGCGAUGAUAAUGCUGUGCUGUUGCUGAAAAGCCUAAUUCCGAAAAAAGGUAAAGAACCAGGCAUGGCCCCGUUCGGCCGUCACGAUUCCUCCGACAUGACAGAAGAACGCAUUGCUCACAUUCUGUCUGAAGCAAGUCAUUUAAUGAAAGGUGGUCCAGGAUUACCCCAGCCCGGAGGCGCUUCUCCACAAGAUGAUGAAGAUAGAGCUAGUGCUGAAGAUGCACCACCAUCACCUUACGGAUCCAGAGAUUCUGGAUCCCAGCAUGGUCGUAGAAUGAGAAAAUACGAAAAUGAUGAUAUCUCUCAAGACAAAGUUGCCCGAAUUUACCAAGAAGAAUUGGCUAAAUUAAUGGGUAGAAGAGUAGAUGUUGCAAGGGACGCCGGAGCUGCUGGUUUCCCAGGUGGAUCAAACCCAAGUGAACAACGAAUGCCUGAUGAAAACGUGCGUCUUGCCAUUGAAGCUUACCACCGUGAACUGUUGAAGAUGCAACAGCAACAACAAAGCGGAGCUGCUGGUCAACUUGCCGGACUUUCCGGUAUUCCCGGAUUACCAGGCUUGCCGGGACUACCUGGAUUGCCGAACUUACUUGCCUUGCAACACAUGCAACAACUAAAUGGAGCUUCUGCACAAGACUUGUCCUUACCUAAAGAAGCUAUGAUGUCAGCAAAGAUGAUGAAUGGCGAUCCCGAAGGUAAAGAUGAAAACGAACAAGCCAGACAUUGUGGAAGUGCAUUUAGCCUUGUGAGACCAAAACAAGAAUCUAAUACCACUACUACCAAUUCGUCAGCGUCUAGCCCAUUAGGAAAUGCUAUCUUGCCACCAGCCAUGACUCCUACCGAAGAAUACAGCACUGGUGCUGUGGCAAGUCCUUUGCAGCGGAUGGCCUCUAUCACGAACUCUUUGAUCUCGCAACCGCCUAACCCAACACAUCACAGUCCAUCUCAAAGACCACUUAAGGCAGUUUUGCCACCAAUAACUCAACAACAAUUCGAUUUAUUCAAUAAUCUAAAUACCGAAGAAAUUGUUCGGAGAGUCAAGGAAUCCCUGAGCCAAUAUUCGAUUUCUCAACGUCUUUUUGGAGAAUCUGUAUUAGGUCUCUCCCAAGGAUCUGUUAGCGAUUUAUUAGCCAGACCCAAACCGUGGCAUAUGUUGACACAAAAAGGUCGGGAACCGUUCAUUAGAAUGAAGAUGUUUUUGGAAGACGAGAAUGCCGUGCAUAAACUGGUGGCCAGUCAAUACAAGAUUGCUCCUGAAAAAUUAAUGAGAACUGGAAGCUACAGCGGUAGUCCACAAUGUCCAGCAAAUUUAAGCAAACAAAUGACCAAUGCUCCUAAAAUGAUGACUGAUGCCUCAAGCAUUUUAUCAAAACUCAAACAAGAGCACAACAGUCUCUUGCCCGCUUCCCUUCAAUUAGGCGCUAUGAAUCCACAUGGCGCUCUUCCUCCUGGUAUGACCGCUGCCAUGUUGAAUUCUCAACAACAACAACAAAUGCAGCAGCAACAACAACAGCAACAGCAACAACAGCCCAUGUUGUUAACACCACCAGGAAUGCCUCCACACCACGCUAUUACUUUACACAACCAAAGAGAUCAAAUCAAACAAGAAAUGGCUAUGGGUAAACCGAGCAUGGGAGUACAUCAUUCACCAAUGCAACAUUCGCCAAUGUCACAGCAGGCACAACAGCAACAAGGUGGUGUUAUGAGAAGUUUGCAUCAGCACAUAUCACCAAGUGUUUAUGAAAUGGCGGCUUUGACUCAGGAUUUAGAUACACAAACCAUUACUACUAAAAUCAAAGAAGCUUUAUUGGCAAACAACAUUGGACAAAAGAUAUUUGGUGAAGCUGUACUUGGCUUAUCUCAGGGUUCAGUAAGUGAACUUUUAUCCAAGCCUAAACCAUGGCACAUGCUGAGCAUCAAAGGACGUGAACCAUUCAUUCGUAUGCAGUUAUGGCUAAGUGAUGCCCAUAAUGUUGAUCGUUUGCAAGCACUCAAAAACGAACGCCGGGAAGCUAAUAAACGCCGCCGAUCAACUGGGCCUGGUGGUGCACAAGACAACAGCUCAGAUACCUCAUCCAAUGACACUUCCGAGUUCUACCACUCACAUUCACCUGGUCCACAGAAUGGUCCUCCAAGCACUAAGAAACAGAGAGUGCUGUUUUCCGAAGAGCAGAAAGAAGCACUGCGUUUAGCAUUUGCUCUAGAUGCUUAUCCUAAUGUUGCCACUAUUGAAUUCUUAGCAGUCGAAUUAAAUCUGUCUACCCGUACUAUAACAAAUUGGUUCCACAAUCAUCGUAUGCGUUUGAAGCAACAGGUUCCUCAUGGGCAGCCUAAUGAUGCACCUUCUAGAGAACCUGGCAGUCAGCAGGUACCUUUUGACCCAGUUCAAUUUAAGUUGCUUUUGAACCAAAGACUGUUAACGUUACAAAAAGAGCGUAUCGGUAUGGGCGCAGUACCCAUACCAUACCCUCCUUAUUUUGCAACUGGUAAUUUAGCUGCUUUGAUCGGACGUGGUUUUGAUCACUUAGACCAAUUAGGAGCUUUAAGUACGGCCGUUAAGGAACAAAUGAGUGGUUUAGAUUUAAGCAUGGGGUCUUCCAUGAAACAUAGGGAUGAAUUUGAUUCUGAUUGUGCUAGUGAGGAUGAAUCUGAGGAUGGAGCGAGAAGUAACAGAUGUGAGGAAGAGAAAGAAGACAGAACAGGAGUGGAUAGUGAGCCUAGGAACAGCAGUGCUGCGCGUAGUAACAGGCGCAAACCUGCAGCUCCUCAAUGGGUUAAUCCCGAUUGGCAAGACAAAUCCGCAAAACCCACCUCAGCACAAGAAGAGGUCAUUAUAAAUGGAGUGUGCGUGAUGAAAACUGAAGACUAUAGGGUCGAUUGUUCAGAAACUGUAAGAGUUGACCCAACCCCGGUUCCAGAAGAUGAUGUAUCUGAAGCAGAAAGGCAAGAGACUGAUGAGGUGGCUGAAAUUCCCACUGAUACCGAAGAACCGGUACAUGAGGAAGAUGAGCCCAUGCCAGAUGCACAGACUGAAACCGAAACUGCAACUGUGGAUGAAGACACAGAUGUAAAACACAACGCCGAAGAAGAAAGAUGGGAUUAUUAAUUUAAAUAUUUCUAAGUGACCAUGUUUAUUAUUUGCUUGCGAACAAUUAGAGUGGUUUGGACAUUUUAAGUAAUGCAAUUGCUCUCUAUGCAAGUGCCAUAGUUUAACAU